ACUCUCUCUCCUCUGUUGCUGCUUGCAGGGCGAAGGAGUCCUUGGCGUUUAUAGCUUUGCUCAUCAAUCAUCAAUCACCAAUCUUGACCGUCGAUCUUGAUCAUCAAUCGUCAAUCAUCAAUCUUGACCGUCCAUCUUGAUCAUCAAUCAUCAAUCAUCAAACUUGACCGUCCAUCUUGAUCAUCAAUCAUCAAUCAUCAAUCUUGACCGUCGAUCUUGAUCGUCAAUCAUCAAUCAUCAAUCAUCAAUCUUGACCGUCGAUCUUGAUCAUCAAUCUUGUGUGACCAUGGAUUUCGCCAAGUUCACAGAUGUCAAUGAACUAGCGAAGAUGGUGAAUAUCAGUAAUCUCGCCGAGAUCCCGAUGCUUCCGGAGCUGGCAGAGAAAUUCGAGGUCAGCCUUGAGGUGGCACUGUGUGCGGCAUUGUCGACUUUGUCAAUCACUUUCCUUGUCUCCUUGUUCUUACUUAAGGCUGCAUUUGGUGGGAGCGCAGGAGAUACCAUAGUUUUCCUCGGCCUCUGCGGCGCAGGUAAGACCAGUCUUUUCUCACAGCUGCGUGACGGUUCCAUGCAUAAUGGCACAGUCACGUCCAUGGAGCCCAACGACGACCGCUUUGCGCUCUUCUCCGAGCGCAAGAGCGGGCGCAAAGCGCGCCCCGUGCGCUUCGUUGACCUCCCCGGGCAUCCCCGCUUGAGGGCCAAGGUCGACGAAUUCCUCCCUCAGGCACGAGGGAUUGUGUUUGUCAUCGAUGCUCUCGAUUUCCAGCUAAGGCCAACAGCAGAGUUUCUGUACGAAAUGCUCACUAAGAAGAUAGUCGUCAGCUCAAGAAUGCCUAUCCUUAUAGCUUGCAACAAGUUGGACAACGUGUCGGCCCACUCUGUGGAGUUCAUUCGGCGGCAGCUGGAAAAGGAGAUAGAGAAACUGAGAGUGACCCGGACGUCACUCUCCGAUGGAGAUGCAUCGUCGACGGAAGUCCGGCUUGGAAAAGAAGGGGAGGUUUUCAAAUUCACACAAGUCAAGAACAAGGUCACUUUUGCAGGGAUCAUAGUAGCCAAUAAUGAUAUCCAGGAGGUAGAGCGGUUCGUAAGAGAGCGAGUGAGGGGGUAGGGAGAGGGGGAAAAGUCGUUUUUUUUUUCCCCUUUUCUUCUCUUUGUGUUCUUUGUUUUUUUUGUGCAUAUGACCGCAGUUUUUUUAGCAAGGGAAGAAAGAAAAUUUCAGAAACAGAAAUGGAAGGAAAAAAAUUAAGAAAAGAAUGCCGUAG